AUUACAGCUUUUUUAAGUAGUGACCUGUCAAAAUCCAUGUAAGGUAUCCUCCGCGAGUUCUGUGUUUAGCUCAAAGGAUAUCGUGAAGCAAGCUGGAAGUUGUGAACCUUCACCCAUCAUCUUGUCUCAUCAAUGCAGCUUUCAUUCUCCUCCGCCGGACCGAGAUGGAAGUCGUACAAAAGGAGCGCUGGUACUUCAUGGUACUUGUCUUCCUCCCUUUUCUUAAAGGUAUUUGUGCAGAUACUGUCCCGGAGAUCGAGACAGUCACGAUCCACCUACAGGAGGGGAUGGUCCUGGAUUGCUUGUGCCCCUGGGAUGGAAACCUCACUAUGGUGUCAUGGACCAAAGACCCAGACACUAAUUCCAUAGCUGUGUUUCACCCGGAGUUCGGUGUAGCCACAACUUACCAUUACCGGGAGCGGAUUGAGUUCUUGAGAACCACACCUAUGGACGGAAGCAUUUCUAUGAAGAACGUUACGCACCAGGACAUUGGGGUUUAUCACUGCUCUGUCCAGACAUUUCCGCAAGGCCCCUGGAUCAGGAAUAUUCAGGUGGAGGAUUUAGAUGAGCCUCCCGAAGAAGACAAAGAGGACAGCGUUGAAGCCAUGGAGGUAGACACGUAUAUGACAGCGGAACCCAGCGGCAACCUAACGGUUGAGUGCAAGCACGACCGAAACGACACGACCGUCCAUCAGGCCGUCGUGGAGCACAUGGCGCCCGGUCAAGCGUGGGUCAUCAUCGGCAUAUGCAAGCGGGUGGAGGGCGGCGUGCUGAUUGAAGACUACAGCGACCGUGGUCAGGUCAACUGCCAAGAGAACCUGGAUGUUAGUCUGGAACUGAGUCCUGUUACGCAGGAAGAUGGCGGCGUCUACCGCUGCAGCUACAGCACGGACGCCGGCUUGCAGACCAACACCGUCUUGGUCACAGUGCCAAAAGGUGGCUUCAACUUCUCUAUGUUCAUGAUGUAUGUCUACUUGGCGAUUGCAACUGCUGGACUAAUUUUACUGACCGUCCUUCUCAUCGUCCUCUUGAGGCGCAGGAAGAAGAACAGACGAGAAAAUAGCAGGACUAAGCUGCACCCAACUUACCCUCCGUUGGCGGCGGUGGUGGGCGAACGAGAUUUGCGGACAAGUCUACUGAGACGUGGACUACGUGGAAUGACACCACCAUCUUAGCAGUUCUUUUCGCCCUUUCAUCGUGAUCAAUAUCAUGAAGAGAAUUCGCCUGUGCAUUUUUAAGGGUGUGUAUUGUUGUCCAAAUCAAAAAAAUAAAAAACUUGAGUGACACUACUGCUACAUGAGAGUUCAACAUUCAAGUUUAUUACCUGUCAUCAAAAAACAUAUUUACAUUGAGUGAAAACCGCGACAUAAUGAAAGUGCUAUUGAUGUAUUUUGAUCACACAUUAAAACCAACAUGACAUCUAUAGAUUUUCAUAAAUAAAAUGCGCACACAGAGUGACACAUGGGGGGGAGCUGUGCAACGAUUAAGUGCUUGUACAUUUCCAUCAAGUCCUACAGGCUUUGUUUCUACACAAACUAAAUGAUAACAUUCAAAUAAAUUGCCACCAGAGGACGUUGAAAAUCUUGAUAACAUUUCGUCAGUUCUGGAUUUUGCACAAAAAUACAUGAUUUGCCAGCGUGAGCAGUACAAGCCAGACAGUGCUAACUUUCGUGAAUACCAGAGGUGGGUAGAGUAGCCAAAACUUGCAUUUCACAAAAAUCAUACAUCAAAAGUUUCAGGAAGGUAAGGGGCAUAAAGGUUGUAGACAGAAUUUGACAAAAACCUACGGUUCCCCCCAAAAUUUGCCAAAAACUUGUUUAUAGUGGGAUGCCAUUGCCAUAUAUGUCGUUCCAUUCAUUUCAAUUGGCCAAAAUUUCCACUUUUAUUUUCAAUGGUAAAAAAAUGUGGGUGGUUGUGACUUUUGACCAAAAACUUGCCAUUACAGCCC